AUGACUACUAUCAGAACUCUCCUAGCAGUGGCAGCAGCAAAGAAUUGGCAUUUACAUCAGAUGGAUGUAAAUAAUGCCUUCUUAAAUGGAGAUUUGGAGGAGGAAGUUUACAUGCAGCCACCUCUUGGUUUCUAUGGAGGCAGGAAAGGGCAAGUAUGCAAGUUGAUUAAGUCCCUAUAUGGUUUAAAGCAAGCUAGUAGACAGUGGAAUACAAAGUUAACCACUGCAUUGCAACACAUGGGAUUCAAACAGGCAGUCCCUGACAGCUCUCUAUUCAUCAGAGGAAAGAAUAGGUCCUUGGUGGCCUUAUUAAUCUAUGUGGAUGAUAUUGUCAUUGCAUGUGAAAGUCUGGAAAUCAUUCAAGAUGUCAAGAAGCAGCUAAGCUCAGCCUUUCUACUCAAGGACCUAGGCCCCUUGAGAUACUUCCUUGGGCUUGAAGUGGCUAGGCACAAAAAGGGUAUUGCAGUAUGCCAAAGGAAAUAUGCAGUUGAACUACUUGAAGACACAGGUUUCACAAAUGCAAAGCCUGUAUUCAGUCCCACAGUUCCUUCUCAUAAACUAAGCAAGAAUGAAGGAGUAUCCCUUCAAGAUAACAACCAAUACAGGAGAAUUGUUGGUAAACUUCUUUACCUAACAAUAACUAGACCUGAUAUUAGCUUUGCUACUCAACAGUUAUCUCAUUUUCUUGACAAACCCAUAGACCUACACUUACAAGCAACUCACAGAGUCCUGAGGUAUAUCAAAGCAGCUCCUGGACAAGGCUUAUUUUUCCCAUCCACAUCUGACCUACAACUUAAAGCCUAUUCAGAUUCAGACCGGGGAGCUUGUAUAGAUACAAGGAGAUCUGUGACUGGUUUCUGCAUUUUCCUUGGGGAUGCUCUAAUCUCUUGGAAGUCCAAGAAGCAACCUACUGUCUCCAAAUCUUCUUCAGAAGCAGAAUAUAGGGCACUAGCAGCUACAAGUUGUGAGGUACAAUGGUUGACAUAUUUGCUAGCAGAGUUUGGAGUCAAUCACAGUGAAGCAGUAGCUAUAUAUUGUGAUAGCAAAUCUGCUGUUGCAAUCGCAGAGAAUCCUGUGUUCCAUGAGAGAACUAAACAUAUAGAGCUGGAUUGUCAUUUUGUUAGAGACAAGCUACACAAAGGACUCAUCAAGUUGUUCCACAUAUCCUCUGAAAAAUAG